GUCCAAACCUCCCCAGUCCCAGCCUGCCGUCCAGAUAGUUGAUGUGGACUCGUCCACUCCAGUGGAGUCCACGCCGUCUAAGACUCCACCCAGAACUCCUUUGGCCAAGUCUACCACGCCUGGCUCGUCCCAGCCUUCUACGAACAUUAUUGAGAAUGAAGACCUGGCUUGGGAACGUUUCCAGAUAGCUGUCAAGGACGAGGAUAUAAACAUGUGCUAUAACAUGGGCUUGAAGGAAUUUGAGCAUUCAGGCGUCCAUAACCUCUUCAAGGCCAUGUCAAAGUUUAUAGCAGCGUCUAGACAGGCAACAGAGUUGGACAAGACGAGAGUCUUGUUGGAGACGAGGAUUCAGCAGGUGAAUGCUGAGUGUAAAAAAUGGGCUGGGGUUGCUGAAAAAGCUAAGGACGAGGUCAAGGAACGUAACAAGCUGAUUGAGGAGCUAAGGACGGAUGCAGUGGAGAAGGAUACGCGCAUUGAUCAUUUGCAGAAGAUGAACGAUGAAUUGAAUGCUCGUCUCUCCAAGGCAAAAGAGGACGCUGUGGCUGAGUUCAAGUCGUCCAAAGAAUAUACAGACACUUUGGAUCGCAAUUAUGCAGCUGGUUUUGAAGAUUUCAGAAUGGACGCUAUUGAGAACUUCCCUGAAGUUGAUUUUAAUGCAAUCAAGCUUAACCUUGCUGCUGCCACAAGCUCUCUUCUCCAGACUGGCUCUGAUGACGUCAACGUGGAAGACGACGCUAGUACCCAGCCUCAGGACGCACCAGUUGUGAAUGCUCCCCCUUCUUAGGACGAGACUUUUAACCUUGAUGGUUUUCUUUUUUUUUUUAUUUGGUCCUUUGUUUUUGGACCUUCUUUUAUGUAACAAGAAUACAUUAUACUCGUCCAUGGUUUUAGGACGGGUUUUUAAGUAGUUUCUGCUUUUCAAACUAAUCAAGGGUUUUUUGGACGUAGGAAGUCCACCCUUUGAAUGAAUUU